AUGCUGAAACGUGGAGCUCAAGGCCCUCAAGGGUCCAAAGAAGACGAGGGUGUUUUCGGGAUGGCCAGCACCCCGGAUGAAAAACCCCACCGGGCGACAGCGGCCCAGUUAGCCAGCAGAAAGAUCAAGGAUGUCCGCAAACGCCGGGCUCCGACCCCCACAACCGGUGGAGGCGCAUCUGAUGCGGCUUCAUUCAACCCUUUCGCAUCCGCGGCCCCGGCCUCAGCACCAGCACCUACCCAGUCGACUGGGUUCACAUUUGGUCAGACUCAGAGCCAGAGCUUCCCCGGGGCAAGCUCGGGGCCCAGCCAGGGUGGAAUGUUCUCGUCGGGCACUAACGGCCAGGCGGGUGGUCAGGCAUCGUUCGGCUUCGGCGCGGGCCCUACCUCAUUUGGAUCUGCACCGUCUAGCAAUCCGUUUUCUGUAAACACUUCAUUUGGCGGAAAUACCCAAUCAAGUACCAAUGGAUUCAGCUUUGGGGGAUUCAAUGCCGGAACCCAGUCCACCACUCCAUCGUUCGGUGGAUUCGGAGCACAACAGAGCACAAGCACUCCAGCAAAGCCCGCCCUGUUUGGGCAGUCUGCAGCACAUAUGACUUCGCCUGCUGAUGACAGCAUGCAAACUUCGCCCGAUACCAAGCCCAAGGGGGCUUCCAUGUUUUCACCGAAGCCAGCCGCAAGUCCGUCGGCACUUGGCAAUCCAUUCUCAACCCUUUCAGGGCAGAAUGCGUCCAGCAAUCCAUUUGCACCAAAGAUAACUGCGACUGAGAAACCAGCCGACAAACCUGUGGAGACCCAGCCUUUCAAACCGCUCUUCGGAUCAACGCCCGCCGCUUCGAAGCCUUCGGAUGGAGAGAAACAGCAGCCAACACCCAGUAAUCCAUUUGCGAACCUGCCAGGGCAGGCUCCAACUAGCAGCACUAACCUGUUUGCCCCGAAGACAACGGCAGCGGAGCAGACUCCUGCGAAGCCCGCAGAGGCGGCAAAGCCUUUUGGUGCUCUUUUCGGGUCGACCCCCAGCUCUCAGCCCUCAGGGCCUACUGGCAAUCUAUUUGCGCCCAAGCCAGCGGUAGAAGAAUCAAAGGCGAGCAAUCCGUUUGCAAACCUGUCAGGGCCGAGUUCAUUUGGCACUAUGUCCUCACCGAAGGUUACUGGGACCGAAAUUUCUGGAAAGGCCGCCGAAGCACAACCGUUCAAGCCCAUGUUCGGUACACCUGCGCCAACGAAAGUUUUGGAGGCUGGAAAAGAGCAGAUGACUGCACCAGCAUUUGGCAAUAUGUUCUCGCCAAAGCCAGCCGCUGAGAACGCGGCUGUAAAGCCUGCAGCGGACCAGCCGUUCAAGUCCAUGUUUGGUACACCUGCGGUGUCGAAAGUUUCACAAGCCGAGAAAGAACAGACUGCUUCACCAGCAUUUGGCAAUAUGUUCUCGCCAAAGCCGGUUGCUGAGAGUACGGCUGCAAAGCCAUCCGAGGACAAGCCGUUCAAGGCCAUGUCUGGAACGCCUGUAGCUGAAAAGGAACAGUCAGCGGUGAGCAGUGUUUUUGCACCGAAGGUGACAAGUGCAGAGCAGACUCCUGUACCUGCAAAGACCUCACAAUUCGGCUCAAUGUUCGGGGCGUCUCCUGCGCCGUCGAAGCUUGGAGAAGAAACGACAGCCCAGGCGACACCUAGCAAUCCAUUUGCGAACCUAUCGGGGCAGAACGCGUUUAGCAAUCCAUUCGCGCCAAAGCCGACGGAGCAGGCUGCAAAGCCCCAGGCACCGAGUACCCCUCUCUUUGGUGCAGGUACAGCAAUUGAGACCAAUAAGCAGAAUGGGGAUAAUGAGGGCAAUAAAGACAAUAACAUCGCAGCUCUGAAUAGCUCCUUAGCUAACCCAUUCACUGCUGGGCCUAAGGUGUCGGAUGUACCUCACACGGAAGGUGCGACGAAAACUGCCACACCUCAUGUGUCGUUCGUGCAGCCUCCACGCGACCAUGACAGCUUGUCUUGUUUACCUUCUUCUUCCUCUUCUUCUCUCCCCUCCUCAACAUCUACUGUUUCCAACACUUUCACUGCUUCAGACCCUGACAGUCUUUUCCCUCGACCUGAUCAUCCUGUAUCAAUUGACUAUCCUGUAUCAACUGAAGACUUUGACAGUAUGCCGCUCAAACGUCUUUUCCCUGAGAAGAAUCGGGUCGAGCUUCAGAGGCGAGCCGAUUUGCUCUUCAAGAUUGGCGUCUUGACUGAGUCGUUCAAGCGUGAGAUCGCCAAAUGCGACCCCAUGAAAGAUGAUAUUGACGAAGUCCUCAUUCUUUACGCCGAACUUCGCCGCGAGCUUGGUGUCCCCAUUGGGUCGAUCAACCCCGCCGAAGAGGCCAAGCGCGCCGACAUCAAUGAACGCGAUGCCGCUAAGGAAGCGCCUGAUGGCCGCACACCUCCUCAGAUCCCGACCCCUCCGAGCUUCGCACCUCCUGGUCUUGAGGACAAACGCCCAGCAUCUUUCAACAAGCCAUUUGGUGGAUCUAGUACUUCCUCCAAGUUCGCCCAAUCCUUCUCCGCCCCGACUCCUGCUCCAGCAACUACUUCUUUUGGCGCUUCUUCCGCCCCAAUUGCUGGCCCUUCGUCCCCCGCUGCGGCUCCUGUUUCUGCUGCUCCUGUCGCUCCGGCUGAGCCCUCCCCUCCCACUACUGCCCCUGCUCCUACUCCUGCCACCCCAUCUACCAUUAAGAUUCCCAAGUUCGGUGAUGCGGUCCCUUCGACGGUCCCCUCUGCUUUUGGAGUUCCCAAGUUUAGUGGUGCAGCCCCUCCAACCACUACCUCCGCUAUUGAAAUUCCGAAGUCUGGUGAUGCGGCUGCUUCGACCGCCGCCCCUGCUUUCCAAAUCCCCAAGUUUGGUGGUGCAGCUACUUCAGCCGCUGCCCCUGCUUUCCAAAUUCCCAAGUUUGGUGGUGGAGCUACUGGCGUUGAUUUUAUGGCCCAGUUCAAGUCAAAAUCGGACAACACCUUAGCUGCAGCAAAGGCCCAGAGAAAAGCUGAAGAAUUUGACUCCGAUGAGGAGGAUGAGGCGGAGUGGGAGCGCAAAGAUGAGGAACGCCAACGCGAGAAGCGCGCUCAACUCGAAGUUGCAGCUAAAAAGCGUGCCGUUUUUGUCCCCGGCGUGGGUUUCAAGUUCACCGAUGAUAACACUGCUCCACAGAACGUUGAGGAGUCUGCCACAUCUGCCGCCCCUCCACAGGACGACUCUGCGGGUACUAUUAAUGCCACCCCUUCUAUCUUUCCUCCUUUUACUACUCCCUCGUCCGCUUCUCCUGGAGCAAACGGUGCUCCUCCUAGCUCCUCCAUCGGCUCCUCGGUUUUCGGAUCGUCCAGUAAGCCGGUCCCAGCCUCGCAGAACAUUUUCGGCGGGCUCAAGCCGACCUCGCCGAAACGCAAGGCCUCUAUGGAUGGAAGUGACGACGAAAAUGAUUUGCCCACAAAGGUGAAGUCCUCCCAGAACAUUUUCGGCGGGUUCAAGCCGACCUCUCCUAAACGCAAGGCCUCUGUGGAUGAAAGUGACCACCAUGAUGAUUUCCCCGCAAAAAAGACAAAGCCAUCGCCUCCCCCUCCUUCUGUGGGCACCAGUAUGUUUGGGCGGGUCUCCACUGCACCACCGCCGGCUCUAUCGACCGAUUCCUCCGCACAUCCCGCGAUGGCCACUUCCUCGGCCCCUCCCACUCAGCCCAACUCCACCACCACAGAAGAUGAGGACGGUGAACCUGGUGAAAUUUUCGAUCUGACCAAGGGCAACGGCGGUGAAGAAGAAGAAACUGUUGUGUUCGAAGACAAAUCCCGGGUUUUCAAACUCGAGAACAAGGACUGGUUGCCCAAAGGAACCGGUCCCGUCCGCCUUCUGAAGCACCCUGUCACUGGACGUGCUCGGAUCGUCGCCCGUGCCGACCCAAGUGGAAAUGUUACCUUGAACAUUCUCCUGAAGAAAGAGUUCGACUACAAACUCACCAGUAACAGUGUUCAGUUCCUGGAGCCCAACGAGACUGGAACUCUCACACAUUGGGCAGUUCGAGUGAAGCGUGAGAGACUGCAAGAGUUCCACCAGCUGGCCAACGAGAUCAAAGACUAG